AUGACUAAUGUUAGUUACUUGUCAACGUAUGCAACAUCCGAGAAUACGGUUUCAACCCCUCCACCUACCGUCUCUAAUGAAAUGUCACCUCCUCACACUAAGAAGCGAAAGAAUCACUCAGAGGCUUGGAAUCAUUUCAUUAUAUUGUCAGAAGAAGAACAAAAAGCUUCGUGCAAGUACUGUGACACAAAAAUCAAGUAUAAUAAUGGAACUAGUUCCAUGCAUGCUCAUUUGUCGAGAUGCCUUGUUUACAAGAGACAAAGGACAUCAUCUUCUAUGACAAGUGCUGAAGAACAUGUUGGCUCUCUUUUAAUUGUCAAGUUUGACCAAGAAGCUAUUCGAAGAACAAUGGUUAAGAUGUUCAUUAACAUGGAGAUUCCUUUUCGGAAGGUCGAACAUGAGUCUUUUCAUGAAUUUAUGAGUCUCGCUUCACCAAGAUUUCAGGUUUGUUCGCGCACAACAUUGGCACGUGAUGUCUUGAAACUAUGGGACACAGAAAGAAUGAUUUUGAAAAACUUUCUCUCUGAAUUGACGAAGAGUUUGUCUCACCACUGA